AUGACAGACUCCAAGAUUCCUGCCGACGCUCCUCCGGAGUACGCUGCGGCCACCGCAGAGCAUGGCCCCGGGCCCCGUCCCGCCGGUCCCGUCCGCCGGCUCGUACAACCUCUCGACAUUCCCAUACUCAAGCAUCUCAACUCGAAACGAGUCGUUCUUGCAUCUGCAUCCCCUCGGCGGAAAGCUCUGCUGCAACAAAUGGGCCUGACUAGUCUGGAAAUCACGCCGUCGACCAAGCCCGAAGACCUGGACAAGACGGCCUACGGCCCUUGGGAAUACGUUGCCGAAACUGCCCGUCGAAAGUGCCUCGACGUCUACGCCGUUUGCCUCGAGACUCAGCUGGCCUCGAUACCCGACCCCGACCUCGUCAUCGCCGCCGAUACCGUCAUCGUAACCCGCGACGGGCGCACGCUGGAAAAGCCACGCAGCGAGGCCGAUCAUAUUAGGAUGCUGAAGCACCUGCGGGACACGGAGAUGCACAGGGUCCUGACGGCCGUCUCGGUGCUUGCCCCCAGAGAGGAUGCGCAACAUCCCGGCUACUGCAUAACCAGCCACACCGAGGAGACCAAGGUUUACUUUUGGGGCGAAGAAAACGGGCUGCCAGACGACGUGAUUGAGUCAUACGUCAAGACCCGAGAGGGUGUAGACAAGGCCGGUGGCUACGCGGUGCAGGGCAUCGGCGGCAUGCUGCUGGUCCGCAAGAUUGAGGGGAGCGUGGACAAUGUCGUCGGGCUGCCCGUCAGGCGAUGCCUGUCCAUGGCGGAGAAGGUGAUAUUUCGGCAAGACGUUGAUGACUUUGACGAGCAGCUUUCUGGCGGAGACGAUUGA